AUGCACUCUGUCCAGAAGGUCGUCAAUCUUGAUGUCACCCUUGCAACACUUCACCAGCAACUCGUUGAGAUGAACAGGGGAUGGUUCAUGGAGGAGGCUCUCGAUAACUCGAUGGUGUUGUACAGGUACAAGCUCAAGGGCUUCAUCGCCCGCGUGCAGGCCGAGAAUGUCAUCGAAUGCCACCUCAUCACACCUCUGACUGACUCUCCCGUCUCAUCCGUCGCUCUCAUGAAGCUCUCAGAGGACGGGAUUCGCUACUUUGCCGCCGAGUCUGAGCAUGUUAGCAUCGAGCGCGCCGGGCUGUCGGCGAUCCAGAAUAGCCUUGAAAUGGGCGAGAAGUUAUUCGAAAUGCUUUGGUCUGAUGGGCAGGCACGCAUCCAGAUUCACAUUUCGCCAAGAACAAUUGACGAAUUGGCCGAGGUUUCAGCUCCUACGUAG